UCUCAACCACAUUUAUGGAUGAACUCAGUGGAAUCCAUCUACCCAACCCUAGCUCCCACAAAACAACCAAAACUCUAGAGCUCUAUACCCCUACCCACCACUUCAAUUUCAAUCAACCUCACCUUAAAUAUCUCAUUCUCUCUCAAAUUCCAUGGAAAUGGAGCCCAAACCAUGUUGGAUGAUGUGGGAAGACAACAAGAAGAACAAGAACAAGAACAAGAACGAGAAUCGUUUGACUACUGCCUCCGAUCAUCUCAACAACAAAGCUUCUUCUUUUGAUGAUUCAUGGGAAGAACAAGCUUUCGCCGACGAUGCCUCCGGUCGUCUCGGCGGCUGCGUUUGGCCCCCGAGAUUCUACUCUUGUAGCUUCUGCAAAAGGGAAUUCAGGUCAGCUCAAGCUCUUGGUGGUCACAUGAAUGUUCACCGGCGUGAUCGUGCUAUGUUAAAGCAUGAAUCUUUCAAACCCCAAAUCGAAACCCAUCUUCAAAUUCCCCCAAAAAACAACCCCUUUACGUCAUUGAUCGAUCUUCCACAACACCCAUCUUCCCAAUUUGUUUGUGAUGAAAAUUUGGCGUUUAACCCUAACCCUAAAUCCUCACAAAACUCCGUGGACGAAUCCGAUCAUAAAUGGCGUCAAAGUUUAGACCUUUCCAUAAAAACAACCGAUCUCUUCAAAGAUGAUGCUGUUUGUUGCAAGAGAAAGCGAAGCGAUCAUCAUUCGACGUCCACGGUGGCUUUCGUUCUCCGAUCGGAGGUAAUUGGACUUAGUCAUAGUUCUAUCGAAGAUUUGGAUCUCGAGCUCCGCCUUGGCGAUGGCGGUGGUAGCCGAACAAAGCCAAAGCUAAAGUAAAAUUUCACCGCCGUGAAUUUAUCUCUAUAGUUUUUGUUUCUCUUGUUGUUUCAUUUUCCUUUUGGAAUCUCUAUGUCAGUUCUUCUACUCCUUGUGUCCUUGAGCAAGAUUGUAGCAAAAUUCAGCAAUAUUGCUCGCAAAAGGAGAUUGAUGAAAUGAAAAGCUGAUAAAAAUUGACAUAUUUGAAACCUUUCUUGUUUUCAGUUUCAAUAAAAUACUCAUAUACAUA